AUGACUUACCUCCAGCAGCACACUUGCAUUCCCACGCCCGAAAUUUUCGAUUGGGCGUGCGAAUCCGAUCCAGGGAACCCACUUGGAGUUGACUAUAUUCUGAUGGAAAAACUGGAUGGAAAGCCCCUGGAUUGGCAGACGGCGACUCCUCGGCAGAAAGAAAAAAUUAUGCAACAGUUGAUUGACAUGUUCCUCGAGAUCGAGAAGCAUCCCUUCGAAGCAAUUGGGUCACUUUUCUCCUCGGCGGGAGAUGCUAUAGAGAUUCAAGGUCUCGCACAUCAAUCAACAUGGCAGGUUGGAAAGGGUCCACUUGGUCCAUUCUCUUCCUUGUUAGAGGGAUCACAGGCUAUGCUUGAGUCUUAUCUUAGAAUGAUAGCCAGCGGCGAGAUUGAUCCCUGUUAUCCGGUAGAAACCUAUAUAGUUCAUCGAUUUCGCCAGGAUAUUGUUGGCGCUCUCUCGGAAAACAUCCUACCAGACAACCAAUUUUUUCUCAAGCACCCGGACGACAAAGGUGACCACAUUCUGGUUGAAAACCGUUUUGAUAUCGUGGGAGUCAUAGACUGGGAAUGGACUCGAACGGUCUCGAGGGCCGAGGCAUUUUGUUCGCCAUGCAUGAUGUGGCCGGUGAACGAGUUCUACGACGGCUCUAAUCAAUUAGCUGCAGAUGAAUUGCGGCUAGCUGCCAUCUUUCAGGAAAGGGGCCGUGCAGAUCUUGCCAACUAUGUUCUCAAGGGUAGAAAGGUUCAGAGGUUUUUCUUUGCUCUUGGGCCUGAGAGUUCUUUUAUAGAUAUGCAGACGCUUCCACGUCUUUUCGCGGGACUUCAAGAAGUUUUUAACGUCAAAAGCGAGGAAUGGGAGACUUGGAAGAGCAAGGCUCUUGUGAAAUGGAAAGAUGAUGAGUUACUCCUGGGCUUGUUGGAGGAAUCAUCACAUUAG